AUGCCGGUCGGUAGGAUCUCAGCAGGAGCAUCUAGAGCGUCCACCAGUUCCCCCGCAGUCGCACGCUCUGCUUUAGCCUGUGCUGCCCGGUCCCCCGCUUCUCUCGGUUGCCGUCGCGCUCUGAGCACCAAUAGCCGACAACUCCAGUUCCCCCGCCUUCAGUCUUUGAACACCAUCUCCGGCAAGAGAGCCUUUGGUACAACUGCAAGAAUGGCUUCGGAAACUCGUGUUGAAACUGACGCCUUUGGCGAGAUUGAGGUCCCCGCCGACAAGUACUGGGGUGCCCAGACCCAGCGUUCCCUGGGUAACUUUGACAUCAACCAGCCUCAGGACCGUAUGCCCGAGGGCGUUGUCAAGGCUUUCGGUAUUCUGAAGGGUGCUGCUGCUACUGUGAACAUGAAGUUUGGCCUUGGUACGCGUAGCUUUACCAGCGUCAUCUCGAACCGUGCCAUUGAGAUCUUGGGCGGCAAGAUGGGAUCUAAGAAGCCUGUGCACCCCAACGACCACGUUAACAUGUCUGCCUCCUCCAACGACUCUUUCCCUACUGCUAUGCACAUCGCUGCUGUUUUGGAGCUCGAGGGAGCUUUGCUGCCUUCCCUCAAGAGCCUUCGCGACGCCCUCCAGGUGAAGGUGGAGAACUUUGAGAAGAUCAUCAAGAUCGGUCGUACGCACUUGCAGGAUGCUACCCCUCUUACUCUUGGCCAGGAGUUCUCCGGCUACGUUGCCCAGCUUGAUCGCAACAUCGAGCGUGUUCAGAACUCUCUUCCCCACCUCCGCUAUCUUGCUCAGGGUGGAACUGCUGUCGGCACUGGUCUGAACACCUUCAAGGGCUUCGAUGAGGCCAUUGCUGCCGAGGUCACCAAGAUGACUGGCACCGAAUUCAAGACCGCCCCCAACAAGUUCGAGGUCCUCGCUGCUCACGACGCGAUCGUCGAGGCCUCUGGUUCCCUUAACACCCUUGCUUGCUCCCUCUUCAAGAUUGCCCAGGAUAUCCGUUACCUCGGUUCUGGACCUCGUUGCGGUCUGGGCGAGCUGAUCCUCCCCGAGAACGAGCCCGGCUCCUCUAUCAUGCCCGGAAAGGUCAACCCCACUCAGUGCGAGUCCCUCACCAUGAUCUGCUCUCAGGUUAUGGGUAACCAUGUCGCUGCUACCGUUGGUGGCAUGAACGGCCAGUUUGAGCUUAACGUGUUCAAGCCCGUCAUGAUCCGCAACCUUCUGCACAGCUCGCGCAUUCUUUCGGAUGGCAUGAAGAGCUUCGAGAAAAACCUGGUGCACGGUCUCGAGGCCAACGAGCCUAGAAUCAACUCCCUGCUCCACGAGAGUCUGAUGCUUGUCACCUGCUUGAACCCCGUUAUCGGUUACGACAUGGCGUCCAAGGUCGCUAAGAACGCCCACAAGAAGGGUCUCACUCUGAAGCAGAGUGCCAUGGAGCUUCAGGCCCUUAGCGAGGAGGACUUCGACACCCAUCCUAUCUCCAUCAAACCCACCAUGAACUCCCAACCCGACGAUGCCCCUCUCUUCUCAACCUCUUUGAUCUCCCCUGAGGUGGUCGCUGUUCUCCCAGAGGGGUACACUAUCCGUCCUGUUCGCCGCUCCGACUACAAGCGGGGGUUCCUCGAUGUACUCCGUGUGUUGACCACCGUCGGCGACAUCACUGAGGAGCAAUGGAGCCAGCGGUUUGACUGGAUAUCUGCCCGUAAUGACGAGUAUUACCUGCUUGUCAUCUGCGACAACACAGACCGUGUUGUCGGUACCGGCAGUUUGAUUGUCGAGCGGAAGUUCAUCCACUCUCUUGGCAUGGUCGGGCACAUCGAAGAUAUUGCCGUUGAUCAGUCACAGCAGGGAAAGAAGUUGGGCUUGAGGCUCAUUCAGGCUUUGGACUACGUGGCUGCUAACGUCGGUUGCUACAAGAGCAUCCUUGAUUGCUCCGAACACAACGAGGGCUUCUACCUCAAGUGUGGCUUUAAGCGUGCCGGCCUGGAAAUGGCUCACUAUUACUGA